AUGGCUUCAACCUCCCAACCAGCGACACCGGCACCGGAAACAACUGCUACUCCUGCGCCGCAGGCGCGAGGGCCUGAAGGCCGGCAUGAGUACUCGUGUGUUCUUUGCAAACAGCGCAAGGUUCGCUGCGAUCGGCUCAACCCAUGUAGUGGCUGUCUUCGCGCUGGAGUUUCGUGUCUCCCCGGAGUGAGGCAACCAUACAAACGACGGCGAAAACAUUCCCCAGGCGGCGGUGACCUGAAGAAAACAAGAACCUCAGAAUCACCUCGAGGAGUUUAUUCGGUAUCUUCAAGGACCCUGGACAGCACUUCCAGCCCCGAGGAAUCGCGACCCCAGCGGCAAGUGCCAACAUUUGGCCAAAGCCUAUGGACCGGCUUGAAUGACGAGUUCCAAGACCCGAGGGCCACCAAAUCCUCCAGUGAGGACGACACUCUUAGUUCGGCAGAGUAUGGUUCCAGUCGUGAUCCCAGUGCACUACUGUUUUCCGCAUUUCGAAAUGUCGUUGAUCUCCGCGAAUUGCAUCCCCCUCCGAUGCAAGCUUUCAUGCUGUGGCAAGCUUUCUUGCAGAAUGUGAAUCCUAUGUCUAAGGUCAUACAUGCACCCUCGGUCCAGCCGAUUAUCAUCGAAGCAAGCAAGGAUUUCGACACCGUCCCCAAGCCAUCGGUCGCCUUACUGUUCGCCAUCUACGCAGCGGCAAUCAUGUCCCUCAAGGAAGAGGACUGCCAGACCCAGUUCGACGCGCAGAAAAGCCUGCUGCUCACCCGGUACUUUUCAGCAUGUCAACAAGCUCUGGCAGCGGCGUCCUUCAUGAAAUCUCGGAACCUAGUCACGCUCCAGGCUUUCGUCAUAUUCUUGCUUCCUGCCCGCCAAAUUUACGAUGAACAAACUUUCUGGCUUUUGGCCGGAGUCGCCAUGAGAUUGGGCCUUAGAUUGACUGGGAAAACUGUCAGUGAUUCGCCCAAUGACUCGGUCUACAUGUCGCAAUUGCGUAGACGUCUCUGGAGGCAAAUUGUCUGGAUUGACGGCCGCAGUCAUCACCACAUUGGGUUGCGGCCUGCUUUCCACGACAUCGGCACUUUCCCCCUUCCUGAAAAUUUGAAUGAUGUUGACCUAAAUCCACACAUGGAGGAGAUGCCACUGAUACACAAAGGCCCAACAGAGAUGACCUUUUGUCUCUGCCGAUACGAGGUUGGCGAAUUCAUGGUUCGACAUGGGAGCACGUUCCAAGACCCUGCCGUCCCCGUUCAGGAGAAAGACAAGCUCAUCGACCAAUUCGAAGCUCAUAUGGAUGAGAACUAUCUGAAGCAUCUUGACCCUGCUAUUCCAUUACAUCUGAUGGCUGAAGGUGGUGUGAGAUCAGCCACCUGCAAGAUGAGGCUCAUGGCUCAUCAUCCCUCUCAGUACCCCGACAGAGGAAAAUCAAUACCGCAGAGUGAGAGAGACAUACUCUUUCAAGUCAGCGUUAAGAUGGUCGAGUAUGACGUGCUUGGCAAAUCCACUAAGACUCUUGACAACUUCUCCUGGCACAUUGACAACGCAUUUCAGAUCGAUGCUUUCGUCUUCAUGCUGAUAGCCUCUCGAACUCAAGAUGCAAAUGCUAUACUGACCAACAAGGCCUGGCAACUGGUGGCUGACAUGUAUGAGCACCGACCAUCGCUCCUAGAAGAGACCAAUAACGAAUUGUAUGCCGCUGUUAGGGAGCUGACGCUACAUGCAUGGGAGGCGCGGGAGGCAAAUAUUGCACACGGCAACUUGGAGCCGAUCCCAGCCCCGGAGAUAAUCGCAAAGCUUCGAGAGCGGAAGGCCAUGAAGGCCAUGCCGGCUAAAACAUCGUCAACCAACCCGACCGCACCAAUGCCGAUGCCUCCCGGGGCGUCUGCUCUUCACCAACUGGCCGGGGUGGCCACACAGGUCGAUUCGAGGAACGGGUACAGUAGUAUGGGUUAUAUGUACGGAAUGACUCCUGAAGUCAACGCAAGCUCGUUUCAACCGGGUCUUGAUCAACAGUUUGAUAGCAUCUUUCGCAACCUCAGCGGGGACAUGGACGCUGCCGGGCCGGUAGACUGGGACUAUUGGGACGGACUUUUGGAGCGAAACAAUGUUUUUAGGUGA